AUGGCGGCCUCCGACGAUCUCAUCAACUUCGAUAUCAUCGAGAAUCAGAAGGAAAACAUCCAGUCCCUACCCGGGGGGCGCUCGGCAAAGGAGCUUGCCCGUAUCUUUUCUCCGAGAGAUCCCAGUGACAGCCUGGCAUCCCCUUCACCUAAUGAAACAAGAACUCUCAACGAUGCCAUUCGACAAGAAUACGAAGCCGAGUUGAAGGCAAUUGAUGACUCAGAUGACCCGCUUGACAUUUAUGACCGCUAUGUGAAAUGGACAUUGAAUGCAUACCCCUCCUCCCAAGCAACCGCCGAGUCUGGUCUUCUCCCUCUACUAGAAAGCGCCGUCAAGGCAUUCCUCAAUUCCCCCCUCUACAAGAAUGACCCUCGAUAUCUGCGGUUAUGGCUUCAUUAUAUAAGGCUCUUUUCCGACUCUCCAAGGGAGACAUUUGCUUUUCUAGCACGUCAUCAUAUCGGCGAAGGACUGGCUCUGUUCUAUGAGGAAUUUGCUGCCUGGCUUGAAGGGGCUGGAAGAUGGACCCAGGCCGAGGAGGUGUACCGACUCGGUGUGGACCGCGAGGCUAGACCAACUGAGCGCCUGAUCCGAAAAUACAGUGAAUUCCAGAGAAGAUACGAGCAACGCACACAAGAUAGCGGACCUUCGUCGCCCGCGCUGCCGGCGGUACGCCCCGCUCUCGCCGCCAAAAUCGACCCAUUUUCUCUACCUGCCACCGCGGGUCCAGAUGCACAAGUCCAGAGACCAGCUCCGUCGACUGCAGCCGCUCCGCGCACAAAGUCAGGGAAACCGAAGAUGGCUAUCUUCUCCGAUACCGAUCCCGCAGCUAGCCAACCUGCUGUUUCCGAACCGACUAAGGGAUGGGAUAGUAUUGGGUCAAUGCAGGAAAGAAGGAAGGAGAACAGAGUGGAAGCAAGGCCGUGGGCUGGAGAGACACUUAAGGCAGGAAAGAAGGCUGCUCCGAAGGAGAAGAUGGCUAUCUUCAGAGAUGAGUCAAAAUCAGAUCUACCUCUCAAAGAGUCAGUCCCAACCAAACACAUUCCAGAACAUCAUGUAAGGGAAGCGGUAAAUCCAAGGACUGGAAGACGGGAGCGCGUGUUUGUCAACCUGGAGGCAGUAUACCCCGAUCAUAGGAACCCCAGCAAAGAAAUCAGUUUUGAAGAGCUUCGGGCAAUGCAUCGCGGUUGGAUGGACAAAGACUGGCGGUCUCAAAAAGCACCCCUAAAGCAAAUUUCCGGCAAUGUUGCUUGUCCCGAAAUCCAAGCAGAAAACUUCAUUGAGCAGAGCCUCGAUCAUGAGCUCCCAGAGCAGUUCAAUCGAAAGUUGACAGUGAAGGAUGCAGAUUCGCAAGAAGCCCAAUUGGCAACCGAUCUUCAGGGGUCAUAUGAGGGUAAAUCUGGCAAAGCGCGGAAAAUGAAACUUCGUGAAGUCAAAGGCGAGACCCAGACAAUCAAAAUGAAAUUCGACUCCCCAACUAAACACAAGGUUCGUCGCAAGAGUACUGCUGAGCCGACUAUGACGAUCCAUACUCGCGCUGCUACCGAUGAGAUCUACAGUAUCUUCAAUCAGCCAUUAAAGGCAGAGACUGAGAUAGCAGAAAGUAGUGACUUUGACGAUGAUGAUUACACAAGUGCUGGUGAGAGCACAGUAACUGGCCACCUCUCGGCCGCUUCCAGCGACUUUGGCGACGACGAGACUACCACUUUCCACCGAUCUGACGAUGAAGCUGAUGAGGAUUUCGAUGAUGAAACGCGGGCAGAAAGCGUUAUUGAUGGUGAAUGGACUCAGUAUUCGGCCAAGGAUGACGCAGAUCUGCUUCCUCCGGAUUCACUGGUGGGCCAGGAUAACACAAGUGUUGAUGAAACGGCCAGAAGAGAAAGAUUCGUGCCCGAAAUGCCGGAGGACUAUAAUCCGCCAUAUGGUCCGUAUCGAGAUCCUGCCGUGGUUGCCCAGAAUCGCCUGCCUUUCAUGACGCCGAUUGUUGAACGGACAGAACACUCCUUUCCUUCCAUGACAGCUGCUCGAAACAGCCUUUACAACACCAAAACGCCAUCUAAACCGCAAAUGGGCAACCUUCUAAUGACUCCACUAGUUCGGCCAACGCCACAGCAAUCGGAGAAUCUUAUCGGCUUCCCAGAAGAUGUAGCAAUGAGUCCGACUGCGCAAAAGGCACGAUCCAGCCCCAGACUACUCUCGCCGUUGAAGGGGCAGCAGCAGCAGCACCGGGCAGUCAUCAACGAGGCCCAGUGCAAUCCCACCGACAAGACAAUCCGCAACACCAUCCUUCAUUCCCUCGACCCACCACUGAUGUCCUAUCAAGGGUACCAUGGCCACCCCGAACAGGAUAGCCACUACGCCCCUGCAAUUCAGAAGUUUGUCAAGACCCACAUCAAGCGUCCUCGGAGCGGCGACGAAGCCUCGUUCGAUGUGCCGAUUCUUGAAUUGCCAGGUGCUGAGAGAAGCUAUAUCAUCAGACGAGAGCUUGGAGCCGGAGCCUAUGCACCUGUUUACCUCGCGGAGAGUGUCGACAGUCUGGAAGCAUGCCCAUCCUCCGAUUCAGAUGAUGGUAGUCGAGGUUCCCAGUUCACGGCUGGAAGAAGAUCGAUGACCCCUAACACAUCUCGUUUUGGUUUCGAGGCAAUCAAAUUGGAAGUUGGGCCUCCGAACGCUUGGGAGUUUUACAUGAUACGGACUGCGCACGAACGCCUGAACCAGAUGUCAGAUUUGUCACGGGCAGCAGACAGUAUCAUUCGGGCUCACGAACUUCAUGUCUAUAAAGGGGAGAGCAUUCUUGUGGAGGAUUACCGGGGACAGGGUACUCUCUUGGACCUGGUUAACAUGAUUCGGAAUGAAUCUAUCACGGCCAAUGGUACGAGUGAGGGCGGUUUAGAUGAAGCACUGGCCAUGUUCUUUACCGUUGAGCUGUUCCGCACUGUCGAGGCACUCCAUGCUUGUGGCAUCCUGCACGGUGACAUAAAAGCUGACAACUGUCUGGUCCGUUUCGAUGAUAAGUCAACAACGCCAUCACUCCUCGACCUGGACGAAGAGAUCACCGAUCCACGCGAGCUCCAUUAUUCCCCUCGCGGUCUGUGCGGCUGGCGCAGCAGAGGCCUGUCGUUGAUCGACUUUGGUCGUGGCAUCGACAUGCACGCGUUCCAGCCAUCGGUCCAGUUCAUGGCUGAUUGGGAGACCGGCAAGCACGAGUGCAACGAGAUCCGUGAGAUGCGGCCCUGGACCCACCAAAUCGAUCUUUACGGUCUCGCAGGGACCGUGCACGUCAUGCUCUUCGGCAAGUACAUCGAAUCUACCCCCGUACGGAAGAGCGAGGGCGGCUCGGCGACGAUGCGCACCUAUCGCAUUCGCGAAUCUUUCAAGCGCUACUGGGACCGGGAGAUCUGGAGCGAUGUUUUCGACCUCCUCCUCAAUCCUGGUGCCGAGCGGUGGGUGCAGAUGGAACUGGGUGCAACGAACCCGGGCCCGGUCGACAUGGAGAACCCCGCGGUUCUUCCCGUUCUGCAAUCCAUGCGGUAUGUCCGUUCAAAAAUGGAAGAUUGGCUACUGGCCAAUGCAGAGAAGAAGAGCCUCGGCCUGCAGAUCCGCAAGCUCGAGGCUGUUGUUGCAGAGAGGAAGAAGAAAUUGGAGAGGUCGUAA